AUGGAGCAAUGGCAGGUCGGCCCUGUGCCGGAGUACAUCUAUGGCAACUCCACAAACCACCCCAACGAUAUGCACGCGCAGCACCAGUAUCAGCAGCACAUCCCGGCACGACGAAAUGAACAGAUGGACUUCCGCUCAUAUGCACCGCAAACCCAAGCACCGAACCAACCGCAUCACGGUCCGCCAGUUCCACCACCGAUGAAUGUUGCUCAACAGCACGCUCAGCAGCAUGCCCAACAACAUAACCAGCAACAGCAACAUGCACAGCACCCCCAAACACCGCAUACUGCCCCACAACAGCCUCCCAAUGCCGCCGUGCCGCCUCCUGCCUCGGCUCCCGUCCCUCAACGAGGACGCAAGCGGCCAAAUCCUGCUACAGCCCCCACACCAGCAGCUUCUGCAUCUCCUGUCAUCCCCCCGCCCAUUCCGGCCGUGACCGCCUCUGCUCAAGGGGCUCCGUCCGGCACCCCCAUCACGCCUGUCGCUUCUGUUACAGCAACACCGGCUGUCCCAGGUGCCGCCGUCGCUGUAUCGGCAAAUCCAGUGAAGGUUGCGCCGUCAGAUAGUGCUAGUGGUGUGACCCCUACGCCUCCGCCAGCUAAAAAGAGUCGGACCAACACACCUUGGACUCCGGCUGAAGAACACAGGCUCAAGCAAAUGAGAGACGCAGGCAGUUCCUGGGCUGAAAUUGCAAAGACUUUCCCUACGCGCACGGAGGGAAGCGUUAAGAAGCAUUGGUACAAGGUUGGUCUCUUCCUAAGAUUUUGCAACGAACGAGCAUAG